AUGGAUGGUGAAAUAACGCAGGAUGAGUAUCGUCCCAUUUUGAUCCGCUUCACUUCAUUCUAUUGCCGUGUGGGGUAUGGGCCAUGGAUGGUCUCCUUACUGCCGUCAAGACGGUUGAAACCCGUGAGGAGCUGACGGUUUCAAAACCACUCCAGCAAAGAUAUCCCGCACAUGAGGAGAAGCGCCCGUGUCCGCAAAAUGGGAUAAAAUCUCCAGAAGAAGCGCUACACGCCCUUAAAUCAUCUCCAGACAAAUACUUUGUUGUACAAGCGUUAUACUUUCUUGAUCCUACUCGAGCUCCUGGGGAUGGUUUCAAUAUAACUACUCCAAGCGCCGUCGCGGCGCAAAUUUUGCACAUCUUGAUUGCUACAACCAUUCCCGACCAUUGGAGUGGUCUCGGAAAUGAAGAUAUCUCAGAGCCAGAUCCAGAGGGAGACCGCAAACUAAAACCAAAAGCAGCACUUCUAAGAUGUUUGAGCAGCGUGACAGGUAUCGGCGCUCUGGUAGCUCAUCUGCGCUCAUUACUCGCCAAACAAGAGUCCUUGUCAGGUGAAAAACGUUCGGGUAACAAGUUGGUUAUUCAAGACUUAAUAGCGGUCUUGUCGUCUGUUUUAAAACCUCCCGAUUUUCUAUUCAACACAUACAUGAAUAUUUCGAGCAAGGUCGAACUGCCAGCCCAAAGGCAGAUUAUGUGGAAAGAGCUUAUUUCACUCCUUGCUGCCGGAAAGGUGCUAUCAGUCGCUUCCGAAGGUCUUCUUACCAUUAAAGAUCUUAAGACCCCUCGUUCGAUUCAUUGGAUUGGUGAAGGAAACCAAUAUGCGGCCUGGCUUGGGCAAUGCAUUUCCCAUAUGGCUUCAAAAGCCCAAACAACAGAAUUGGAUUGUUGGAAUUAUUUGGCCCAGUUCGUGGCUAGAUCGCUGAGUCUUGGAUAUACCGCCCAGGUUGUGAGCGAGAUAUAUGACACCCUUCUGCUUCAAGAGAAUGCCUCACCGGACCGGUUUGGCAUUCUUUUAAAUAACCUCAGACGUCAUGAUCAAAUACUACUCUUCAAAUCUAUACUUCAUGAUUUGGAAAAAAGAUUUCUCCCUGCUUAUCCCAAUGCGUUACAGCGCCCGUUGGAAGAUCCAAGCAAAUGCAAGACUAUCAACGGAGUCUCAGGUGUUGUAGCGACUAUUGUUCGCGGCCGAGACAUCCUGAAAUCCCAGUUGAGUGAAUGGCUUGUAACUGGAUUAGAAAUGAACAUCCAAGGGAUCGAUUUUCGCCGGGCGCUUUUGGCAUCAUUUGGCAACCAGCAAGAACCCAUACUUGAGAUACUGAGAAGAGCUCUAGAAAUAUUUGGUGAUCAGCUAUACAUAAAGCAUACACCCACACGUGGGCAGGAAGCGAAUGUCCAGAUUAUUCUUUUGACGGCCGGAUAUGCUCAUCGGCUCUUGCCACAUGAACUACUCUCCAUCACCCAGUCAGGAACUUACCUGACCGCGAUAUCCAAUCGACUCGCGGCCUCCUCGCCACGGGCCCGCUUCCUUGGCAUGAUAGUUGGCAUGUCAUUAUCAAAGCUAGCCGAUCCUGCAGGCAAGACUAUGAAAUUUGACCUUGAAGAGAUGGAAGGUGAAGAGGCACUCUGGUAUAUGAGCUUGACAAAUGUGAAAGAUGAAAUUGGUUCGAUCAAUGACUUGAAGGAUGUAAACGCCCAGCAUCCUCCAAAGAAACCAAAACGUCAUGUGCGGAAACCUCCUCAGGAUGAUCAGCCAAAAAUAAGUCAGGAGAGGUCAAAAGUCCUUUCUAUUGAAGAGGUGUCUGAGGAGUCGGAUAGCGAUGACUUCCUACCCUACGAAAAGCCGGAUACGGAUGCUUCAGACUCUGAAGAUGACCCAACGCUGAUCAACCGGUCAAAGCCCAGUUCCCCAGUAUACAUACGGGACCUGUUAUCUUGUUUGCGGGAUACAGAUAAUGCAGAGCGAUAUAACUUGGGGAUAUCAACUGCACCAACGCUGAUACGGCGCAAAGCAUCUUUUGGCACCGAAGUUGCAGAAAACUCUGAGGCGCUGGCACUCCUCAUUGUGGGGCUACAAGACAAAUAUAAUUUACCCAGAUUUCAGGAGUACAAGUUACAGAGUGAAAUUGCAUUACUUGUAGCCUAUCCACUGACAAUGGGCAGGUGGUUCGUACAUACACUUUUCAACGCUGACUUAUCCCAAAGCCAGCGAUCAACAAUUCUUAUUGCGCUUGGUUUGAGUACCCGCGAAUUAGCAGGAUUUGGAAAAGAAGACGCAGAUGCAAUGAGUCUCCCUCCUGCCGUGGACUCCUCGUUCCCAUCAAAACGUCUACCUUCCAAUCUAGCAACUACGUACGGCGACGUAAACAACCCUAUUGAUGCUAUAUCGAAAAAGCUCUCACAAGCUACCUUAAAGCCUUUGGCUCUCCACGCAGCCGAUUCGUUGACCGGGCCCAACGCUCUCAAGGUCCGAACAUUCUCAUCUCGUAUGGAAGUGGAGAAAAGGAAGCAGCAGAGGGAGCAGCAAAGAAGAGAAAAAGCUGUUCCUAAAGACCUCCACAGAAUCCUUUCAGAUGGGUUCUUCUUUCCUCUUACCAAUGCUUUCGAAGUAACUAUGUACUCGACCCCGUCCAACAACACGUACAAUCCAUUCUUGAUCCCACAUCUCCUCCACCUCUUCGUUCAGACAGUUACACUCGUCCUUUCCACCCUUGGUCCAAACUCUCCCAAUCUAGCCACACUUACGCACGAAGCUCUCUCUCUCCUUAUGACUCUACACAACCUCCCAGUCGCCACAGAACCCACAGUGCUCCCCGCAAUGCUAUCCUUGUUUCUCGCAAUCGUAGAUUUAAAUAUAUCAUCCGGCAGUGCCGGCGAAGAGAGACUUGUUACUGAAUUUGUAACGCAGGUGAUGGAAAUGCGUGAAUGGGUUGAUGGUGUGUUUGAGCGCGCUUCGAAGGAAGAGGAGGAAGUCAGGAUGCUCUCUGCAGGUAUAAUGGUCAAACUUGGGGAUGUCAUGGAGAGGUACCAGGGCCGAUUGUUGGGAACGAAUCUUGGGUUUGGAUAUUAAUAGCUAUGUGGAUAGCGUAUACACAUAUUAACCGGGGUUCAUGUAUAUAGAUGGAUAUAUAUGCCUAGCCAUAGUUUUUUCAAAAUUACAAGUUCAAAGAGAACCUCUUAAGGAAAUGACUAGGGAGCUCAAAAGAGACUGUUGAAGCACUUCC